GCCCUCGCUCGUCCUCCAGCCAGCUCUUGUGCCCUCCUGCGAUGCGCAACCCGACUCUCAGACACUUCAUUCUGCAGCAAAGAGUAUUGACACUCUAUCGGCAGGCAGUGCGCGCCACGCGAUAUAUACCGGAUUCUAACGCCCGCAAAGAAACGGUUGCAUGGAUUCGGGGCGAAUUUGAGCGGAAUCGAGGCUUAGACGAUGUGCACGCUAUAGAAGAGAAGCUUGCUUCUGGGCGACGGGAGCUCAAGCAAAUACUGCCCUUCCUGCCGCCUCCCGUUCCUCGGAGGCCAUAACGCUGUGCGUCAGGGCAUCGGAAUGCAAACAGUCUAUGUUUGUCUUGUUGUUGCGUAAGUAGCUAUCUUCUCAUUAAUCGUCAACCACAUAACUGUGAGCACCCCGCUGAG